AACACAACAGUUGGGGUUUGUUUUGCAAUUUUAAUAACUUGAGGGUUUAGUUGACAUAUUCCCGAACAAAAGGGACUGGAACCCGAAAUAUUGUUUUUCAUUUUGUUCAACCCUAAAGCGAGAAAGAAAGAAAGAAAAGACCUUUGUUGCUGCACGGUGGAAGAGUUGGGAGAUCUGCAGACAUGGCGGACGAAGCAACCCGAACUGCUUUUCUAGAGAUUCAAGCAAGCAUGAUCGAUCUCACCGGGAAGCUGAAGCAGGUGCAGACUCAGAUGCGAAACAAAGAGGGAGACAGAAAACGUGCUUACUUAACCUUGGAGGAGCUACGACCAUUGCCUGAAGAUACAAACACUUACAAGUCUAUAGGAAGAACGUUUCUUCUAGAGCCCAAGAGUGUACUAGAGGCUGAACAAGAGCAGAAGUUCAAGGAUAGCGAAGCUACAAUUGCUUCUCUUCAGACAUCCAAGGAGAACUUGGAGAAGAAGAUUGCAGAAGUGGAGAACAGCUUGAAGGAGCUGUUGCAGCAAGAACCUGGCAUUGCUCGACAGAUUAUGUCCAUGUCUAUGUAACUUCUUUUUCUGUAUUUUCCUCAACCCUUGAACAAAUGGUACCCACAAAUCUGAGUUUGGCUCUGCUUUUAUCGGAGAGGAUGGAUCUAUUUCAAGUUUUCUUUAUCAGAUCAGAGUAUUCUAAACU